AUGUCUCCGUCUGUGAAGCGCCGCGAGUUCGUGAAUGAGCCAAUCCGUGGCAAGCCAAUUUCAGCAAUUGCAAGAUUCGCUCACAAGCGCUGUAAAAUCAUCGUAGAUCUUGUAUACGAUAAGGCGUAUAUUCUUUUUGGACAAUUCCUCAUUUACAGAAUGGAGAGGUUCAUCAAAUCGCUUAUGGUAGUGGACCAUCUUCUAGAUACGUUAGCUGAUGGGGAACAGUCACGAGCAAUGGCUGAAUUGAAGGAAAGAAAUAAGGCUUCAUGCCAAACAAUGUUCAACUACACUGAAACACUUCGACUCACUCUCGGACGUGGAGGAAUGGGCAGAACAGCUGGUGGAGGCAAGGGAGUGGUUGGUGCCGUCAUCAUGGUUGGACAGUUUGGAGCGUAUAGAUUAGUUGCGGAGUAG